AUGUCGAAAGAGGAAGCUCCAGGCUCUACUCCAAGUGCUGCGAACGAGACAAAAUCAGCGGCGGUCAGUGGCUCGAAAGAAAAGACCGAUGAGCUCACUUUCAAUGUUGGAGAUGUAAUCAAUGGAUAUAAACUAGUCAAAAAGAUAGACGAGGGAGGAUUCGGUCAAGUGUUUAAAGUAACGAAAGACUCAAAGACGUUCUAUGCAAUGAAACUGGAAUUGAAUUGUCAGGAAGGGUGUUCUGCUAUCAAGUUGGAGAUAAAUGUGCUCAAUCAAUUGCCCAAGAACAACGUGUUUCCAGAAAUGAAGCAUGGCGGGAAGAAGGUCAAAUUUCACUAUUUGGUGCUGGAAUUGUUGGGUGACAAUCUGAAAAUGUUGAAGGCGCGGAGCCCAAAUCCGGAGAUGUUCACAGAUGGAACAUGGUCCAGAUUGGGUAUUCAAUGUCUUUAUGCAUUGAAAACGAUGCAUGACCGCGGAUUCGUGCAUCGAGAUGUGAAACCGAGCAAUUUCGCGAUUGGCCUCAACACCGCGUCGGAAAAUCGUAGUCGACGAGUUUUGUUGUUUGAUUUUGGGCUGGCAAGAAAGUAG